GCUGGCUGUUGGGGUUUGGCGCGGUCCUGUCCCUGUCUCAGGCCGCUACUCGCGAUGCCCGUGGCCAUGAGCCCGGCCACCCCGGCCUUGCAGGAGGCGCUGGAGAACGCGGGCCGCAUCAUCGACCGUCAGAUCCAGGAUGAUCGCUGCUACCCCGACCUGUCCGAGCUGCUGGCGGUGCCGGCGCCCGGUAGUCCCACAGUUUCUGGUAUGUCAGAUAUGGAUUAUCCUUUGCAAGGACCUGGUUUGCUCUCAAUACCCAAUCUUCCAGAGAUAAGUUCAAUCCGCAGAGUCCCACUUCCUCCUGAGCUAGUGGAGCAAUUUGGACAUAUGCAAUGUAAUUGUAUGAUGGGAGUAUUUCCAGAUAUCAGCAGGGCAUGGCUGACCAUUGACAGUGACAUUUUUAUGUGGAAUUAUGAAGAUGGGUAUGUAGAGAAAAAAUUUCUAAAGGGGAGACCUUGCUUAUUUUGAUGGUCUUAGUGAAACUAUUCUUGCUGUGGGUCUUGUGAAGCCAAAGACAGGUAUUUUCCAGCCUCAUGUGCGAUAUCUGUUGGUUCUGGCUACUCCUGUUGAUAUAGUGAUUCUAGGACUCAGCUAUGCUAAUUUGCAAGCAGGUUCUGGAGCCCUCAAUGACAGCAUGUCUGGUGGAAUGCAACUGCUUCCAGAUCCUCUCUAUUCACUCCCUACUGAUAAUACCUAUCUUCUGACCAUAACUUCCACUGAAAAUGGGCGUAUCUUUUUGGCUGGAAAGGAUGGCUGUUUAUAUGAAGUAGCUUACCAGGCUGAGGCAGGCUGGUUUAGUCAACGGUGUAGAAAGAUCAAUCAUUCAAAGAGCUCUCUUUCUUUCCUUGUUCCUUCAUUGCUGCAGUUCACAUUCUCAGAGGAUGAUCCCAUAGUUCAAAUUGCUAUUGACAAUUCUCGCAACAUCCUAUAUACCCGUUCAGAAAAAGGAGUGAUACAGGUUUAUGAUCUGGGACAAGAUGGUCAAGGAAUGACCAGAGUUUCUUCUGUUUCUCAGAAUGCUAUUGUUUCUGCUGCUGGAAACAUUGCCAGGACUAUAGAUCGCUCUGUUUUUAAGCCUAUUGUUCAAAUAGCGGUGAUUGAAAAUUUGGAAUCCAUAGAUUGUCAGUUGCUGGCAGUCACACAUGCUGGUGUACGGAUGUAUUUUAGUACAUCACCAUUUAAGCAUCCAAUGGCUCGCCCCUCCAUGUUAACAUUGGUUCACAUCCGCUUGCCUCCAGGAUUUUCUGCUUCUUCUAAUGUGGAGAAGCCAUCAAAGGUACACAGAGCUCUUUACAGCAAAGGUGUCCUGUUGAUGGCUGCCUCUGAAAAUGAGGAUAAUGAUAUCCUGUGGUGUAUCAAUCAUGAUUCUUUCCCUUUCCAAAAACCAAUGAUGGAAACACAGAUGACCACACAUGUUGAUGGACAUUCGUGGGCUCUUUCUGCCAUAGAUGAAUUGAAAGUUCCAAAGAUUAUAACACCAUUGAAUAAAGACCUUGUUCCAAUAACUGAUUCUCCUGUUGUUGUACAACAGCACAUGCUACCACCGAAGAAAUUUGUUCUGCUCUCAGCUCAGGGGAGCCUUAUGUUUCAUAAACUCAGACCUGUAGAUCAACUGCGACAUCUCCUAGUUUGCAAUGUAGGAGGUGAUGGAGAGGAGAUUGAAAGGUUUUUCAAGUUACAUCAGGAGGACCAGGCCUGUGCCACUUGUCUUAUUCUUGCCUGUUCUACUGCUGCUUGUGAUAGAGAAGUGUCUGCUUGGGCUACCCGAGCAUUUUUCAGGUAUGGUGGAGAAGCACAGAUGCGAUUUCCAUCAGCUUUACCUCCUCCGAGCAAUGUAGGACCAAUUUUGGGGUCUCCUGUUCCUGCUAAUUCCCCUAUGACUGUUGGCAGUCACUAUCCUAAUCCAAGCUUUUUGACAACACCAGCACAAGGUUUGCAGCCUCCUAGUAUGUCAACCCCACUGUAUGCUGCAGGCAGUUCAAUAUCUCAGGCUGGCGCAUCAAUGAGUGGUAUGAUGGGCCCAGAGAUAGUGUUUUCAGGAAAGCACAACGGCAUCUGCAUAUACUUCUCUCGAAUUAUAGGGAAUAUUUGGGAUGGCAGUAUUGUUGUUGAGAGAAUUUUCAAGAGUGGGAACCGAGAAGUUUUUGCAAUUGAAAGCAGUGUUCCAUCGCACAUGCUAGAAUCUGUGCUACAUGAACUUAAAGGUUUACAGGAAUUUCUGGAUAGAAAUUCACAGUUCUCAACAGUAGGAGCUCUUGGAAACCCAAGUUUUAGCACCCCAGCUAACCUGCAGCAGAGGUUACUAGGAUUCAUGCGUCCUGAUGGUGGAAGUUCUCAGCAAGUGCAACAAGAACUUCAGAGGAAGUUUCAUGCAGAGGCACAGUUAACUGAGAAGACCUCACUGCAAGGGAUCCAGCAGCUUGUUCGCAAAACCUGCCAGGCUUUAGCUUUGUGGAAACUUCUCUGUGAGCACCAAUUCAGUGUUGUUGUAGGUGAGCUUCAGAAGGAAUUUCAAGAGCAUUUAAAGAUUACUACUUUCAAAGAUUUAGUAAUUAGAGACAAAGAGUUAACUGGAGCGCUCAUUGCCUCUCUCAUUAACUGUUACAUCAGAGAUAAUGCUGCUGUGGAUGGCAUCAGUUCACAUUUACAAGACAUAUGUCCACUUCUGUACGGUACUGAUGAUGCUGUCUGUUCAAAGGCAAAUGAAUUGCUUCAGCGAUCCCGACAGGUUCAAAACAAAUUGGAAAAAGAAAAGAUGCUAAGAGAGUCAUUGAAGGAGUACCAAAAGAUCAGCAAUCAAGUGGACCUUUCUAAUGUUUGUACACAGUAUAGACAAGUGCGUUUCUAUGAGGGUGUGGUGGAACUGUCUCUUACUGCUGCUGAGAAGAAGGAUCCUCAAGGUCUUGGACUUCAUUUUUAUAAAAAUGGAGAACCUGACGAGGACAUUGUUGGACUCCAGGCUUUCCAGGAGAGGUUAAACAGUUACAAGUGCAUCACUGACACCCUUCAGGAACUAGUAAAUCAAAGUAAAGCUGCUCCUCAGUCUCCCAGUGUACCCAAAAAGCCAGGCCCUCCAGUGUUGUCAUCUGAUCCCAAUAUGUUGAGUAAUGAAGAAGCAGGACACCAUUUUGAACAAAUGCUGAAACUGGCUCAGCGUUCAACAGAUGAACUCUUCUCUAUUGCUCUUUACAAUUGGCUAAUACAAGCUGACCUUGCAGAUAAACUGCUGCAGGUUACCUCCCCAUUUCUGGAGCCAUAUCUCGUGCGUAUGGCCAAGGUUGAUCAAAACAAAGUCCGUUAUAUGGAUUUACUAUGGAAAUACUUUGAAAAGAACAGGAAUUUCAGUAAUGCAGCCAGAGUGUUGGCUAAACUGGCAGACAUGCAUAGUACAGAAAUUCCACUUCAGCAGCGUCUUGAAUAUAUUGCACGUGCCAUUUUGAGUGCCAAGAGUUCCACUGCCAUGUCAUCAAUAGCUUCAGAUGGUGAAUUUCUACAUGAACUAGAAGAGAAAAUGGAAGUGGCUAGGAUACAGCUACAAAUAGAGGAAACGUUACAACGGCAAUAUUUCCAUCAUUCUUCGGUACAAGAUGCAAUUUCCCAGUUGGAUUCUGAGCUGAUGGACAUAACCAAGUUGUAUGGUGAAUUUGCUGACCCUUUCAAGCUCUCAGAGUGUAAGCUUGCAAUUAUACAUUGUGCAGGUCACUCAGAUCCUAUCUUGGUACAAACUCUCUGGCAAGAAAUAAUUGAGAAAGAGUUGAGUGACAGUGUGACUCUGAGCCCAGCUGACAGAAUGCAAGCUCUUAGUCUAAAGAUGGUAUUACUUGGAAAAAUAUAUGCUGGCACACCUCGUUAUUUUCCUUUAGAUUUCUUAGUGCAAUUUCUAGAGCAGCAAGUUUGUUCUUUGAAUUGGGAUGUGGGAUUUGUGACAUACACUAUGCAGGAAAUUGGAGUACCGCUGUCUAAGCUGCUUGAAGUGUAUGACCAGUUGUUCAAAGCACGGGAUCCAUACUGGAAUAGAAUAAAAAAGCCUUUACACCUUUUAGAAUGUAUUCAUGUAUUAUUAUCAGGAUAUGUACAAGACCCCAACAAAGUUCUCAACUUUGAGAGACGGCGAUUCACAAAUGUAUGUUUGGAUGCUGUCAGUUGCUACCUUGUUGAACUUCAGUCUAUGAGCCCUACAUUAACAGUGCAGACCACUAUUGGAAACUUUAAAUCCCUACAGGCUAAAUUAGAACGGCUACAUUGACUAGUAUGAUAAACUGUUAGUCCAGAGAAAAAUGAACUGUUAAAUGGAACCUCAGAUGUCUGCACUGGAAUGUGGAAGAAAAAACGUUCAGAAGGAAGUUGGGGAAAAUUAAAACUCCUGCUGCAAUUGA